AUGAAACAACAUGAAAAUCUUCACGGUUUUGAUGUGAUUAAACGUUUUGGAAACUUUUUAGCUGAUGGUACAUUUACGGUUGACUCAAUAACUGGUGUUGUGAGGACUGCACAGAAGCACUACAAUCCUGGUGAAACAUAUCGAGUUUUCGUGCAGGCACGUGACAGGACACCAACCGAUCCAACACUUUCGCAGGAGAGUGAAAUUGCGGUGCUGGAAAUCUAUGCCGGCGAUCGUGCACCUCAGUUCGCCAAACAACAGUAUUCAAUUGGAAUUCCGGAGGAUACUGAAGUUGAAAAUAGCGUAGCUGACGUGAAAGCGCAUAGUUUCAAGCCAGUUGAUGAGCGUCGUUCGAAGGGUGACCUCAGAUAUUCGUUGUAUGUGGACGGAAACGGUAUUGAACGUGAACCAUCGCGAUAUUUCACAAUCGGUGAAGCGAACGGUGUGAUCCAUUUGAAGAAACGAAUCGAUUUCGACGAUGAAACACAACUCAGAAAUCAUAAACUUAUUGGUUUGUUUUCUUUGUCUUAG